AUGACCUCUAGAUUCCGGCUAAUGGACCUUCCGGGGGAGCUGUUUGACAAUGUCAUUGCGCAUUACGUACACAGUGUUCCCGUUCAUGAUGCCUCGGCUACUCGGGCAGUCUCCAGGGCAUUUGACCAAGCUAUAAGCUACCAGAUGAUCGCAAAUCUAUCGCAAGACGGCAUGAAGGUCUCACCACUCCGCGCGUGUCCGGCCUCCAGAACCACCAAGCCCUCUACUCACGACAAACGUUCACUCCGAAUCAUCGCCCGUAUACAUUACGAUCUUCACACCAUCAUUGGCCGCCCCUAG